GCGAGGACCUGCGCGCAAUACACGCUAUAUAGUCGCGGCCGCGCUCUCAGGCGUGCACAUACCGAGCCUGCUCUCGCCGCUAAAUAGAGAGCCCCCAGUCAGCUCAGUCAGCACAGUGCGCAUAGAUAUGUUCUACAUUCACAUCGCGCUGUCCCACGCGUGUCGUCUAUAUACCGUGUGACAGAAAAACACACACACCCGCAUAAAGGAAUAGUGAUCGUUGAAUAGGGAAAACGUAGAGGGAGCAAAUUAACCGUAGGAACAUCGGCAGACGCAGCGGAGACGGCGACGUGUUGAUAUGGUCCUGCGUCGCUCGCUCUGCGGCACGCAGGGGCCGAUCCGAGGACUGCGCACAACUGGAUAGUUGCGGUGUCGACUGCUCGCGUCGUUUCGGAUCGACUCGCGUGAUCGUAGCUGGCCGUGAAAGCUCGAUACAGGCGUCGUAACCCGAAAUCACGAUUCCCGUGGCUUCACGGGAUCAUUGACAGACGGUACGUGUCGGUUUCAGUAACGCGCUUUCGUCGAGCGAAGGCGCCUGGCUGCGAAACCGUGAAUCCGUGAUUGUUACGGACGGCCAUCGAUUUUGAAGCGAAUGCGUCGAUUGCAGCCGAGUUGGCAGCCUGCUAAACUUACUGGAAGAACGCGUGCGAUAAUGCCGGCAAAACGAUCGCGGUGGUUGCGGAUACCGCGAAGGUGACACGAGCAUAUACCAGCGCUGCUUGCGACUGGCGCCGGCACGUGUUAAUUUCCUCACAGCGUUGAAUGCCAGUACAUACUGUGGUGUGCCAAAGUUGUGUUAGUUAGAGAGUGAGACUGUUCUGAAUGAUAGGAUUGCGUCAGAAUCACACUGAAUAUAGGUGGGUUAUUUCGAAAUGUUGAAGCACGUUUCUACGACCAACCUGCGCCGGAAGGCUUCGCUGGAUACUCUUGGAUCUAGCGGUAGUAGCAUAGGAAGUCGAGGAUCCCGUUCGAGUCUGCAGACCGUCGGCGUUCCGAGUGAUACGAGUACGACGAGCAUAGCGAGCCAAGAGGACUGUAGUGCCAUUAAGGUGUACGCGCGAGCAGUGAGGUCUGACAUCGAGUACAAAACCAUCCUCGUUUCAAAGAGCACUACAAGCCGGGACAUGGUCAGCCUCGUACUUAAUAAGUGCAAGAUGAAAACGAAGGACCCGAAACUGUAUUACGUGACAAUGGAAGUCGGACUAAAAAAACGAGAUCAUCUUCUACGGAACAUGAUUAUACUAGAGGACGAUGCGAGUCCAUUGGUCUUGCAAUCUUGCCAUCCCAACGGCGGCUCUCGGUUUUAUCUAAGUAUGAGAAGAGGCGGGUUGGUCAAAAUACACGUUGCAAACCUGAUAGAAGGGUUAUACUACAAGAGCCUACUGAUAUCUCAGAUGACCUCUGCUCGGGAGGUUAUCCGUCUAUUACUGCACUGCUACAGGAUCGAGGAGGAUCCAGACAGAUUCUCUCUCCGUGAAGUGUGCAAAAUACCCGAGAAUUUCUAUGAGCGGAAGCUGAUGCCUGAUGAUUGCCCUUUGCGGUUUCAAGAGUGCUGGGAUGACGAACGACAUUACGCGUUCAUACUGAGACGCGAGCCGCAAGCUCGGAGACGGCGGAGGCGUCGGGUGCAAAGCAUGAUCGUACCAAGUCUGCCGCUACGUGACGGGCUAGCGACGAGCAAGGAGGAGGAGGCUGACGUCACGUGCGGCCACGCGAGCGAUGGUGCCGGCGACAGACCCGCCACGCAGCGGCGGACAAAAGCGGAUGAUCGCUUCUCACGGGAGAGCGUUGCCUCCCGCAAUACCUGCUAUUUCGUAUAAGCUUUCCCGGUAUAUAGACGUACCGACGCUCUCUUCGUGGACACGUGGCCGAAAUUUUAGUUUUUAGGCAGAAAUAGUGAGCCAAUAUUACCUACGUGAACUACGUCGAUAGAUGUCGGUGCCAUACAUAUUGCAGUAUCGCGAAGUCGCAAUGCAACAUUUGGGAACUAAUGUACUACGACUUUUCUCUUUGAAUGGAAGCUAAACAGAUAAAUAUCAUGCGAGUGCCAUCGUUUGCCGUAGAUUGCACAUACAUAAGGAAACUGUUACAUUUUAAAGUCGCGAACAAGUAAUGACUAGAAUAGCUGUGGCGUACCUGAGCAUACUCCUCGGCAUAGAUCGAGUUCUUCUCUUAAAAUAUUAUUUAUUACCGUAUCUCAUUUGUAAAAAAAGCCAACAAUGUACAGAGAGUUAUUUAAAUAUUAUUUGUGGCAUAGAUUACACGUCGUUGUAUAUUUACUGUAAUGUGUUCUGUAAACUGCUAUGUAUGCCGAAUACGACAAACAAUUAGUUUAGCCUUGCUACUAUUUAACACACGAUAACUCCGCGUAUGACGCAUGUAAUGAUGAGAGAUACACAUGGCCUGUUAUAGGUUUCCUGGGUACUGUGUAUGACGAAUACGUUUGUUUAUAAACGUCUACGUCUCAAAUAUUAUAAUACACUUAUAUAAUUAUGUCAGAAUUUUGAACGACUCCAAAAUAUUCACGCGUAAACGAGAGAACAACACGCCUUACUUCCUCCAUAUUGUCUACGUAGUGCAUUGUGAUUUACCCGUGCUACAUACUUUUAAAAUUACCAUGCCGAAUAUUAACGUACUAGGUAUAUCACUCUUUCAGAUGAAACUCUUGUGGUGUCGAUUAGUGAUAUACGUUAACGGGAAAUCACAAGUCGAAUACUCACAUUGCAUCUUGAAUGCUCUACGGAUUCGACGUAUAUUCAUUUACAGUUAAAUUAGUAUUAGGAAGUAAAUUGCCGGUACGAUUAUUUUACGUUUACUAAUCUGAGAGACGAACACAUGUAAGGAAUCACAUGAGAGGGAAAAAAAACCAGUAGACUGCAGUUAAAUCGUGACCGGCAUCACACCGCAAUGUCCCUUUGCGAAGUGAUCAUGUAUACGACAGUAAUUGUGAGCAUCCGUGAAUUUAUUCUCGCACAAGCUGCGUAGCCUCGUACGCCGCCUUCAUCGUAACUCUGUAAGCUGUUGUAAAUAGAUGCCAAAUUACGUGUGGAUUGUAAUAGCAGCUGUAGUUCUGCGCAAUAUUUAUGUGUUUUGUGAAAGCAAGUAAUUUUAUCAGUUGUAUCAGUGUAUAAUAUAGAGAUAUCUAAUCCAA